UCAGAGGUCUUUUUGAAUCAUUUACCAUGAGGUUUUUGUUACAAGUACCUAAAUUGUGGCCGGGUGUUGUGGGCAGACGUUGCUGCCACACACAAAUAGCCGCGUCUGCAAGUCCCAGCACUCAAAGCUCGGAACAAUUGGCGGCCAAACUGAAGUUGGCCAACGAUGCCAUUGCCAAGGCACUGCAUCAAUAUAAGCCCAAUGAGAUGAUGCUCUGCUUCAAUGGCGGCAAAGAUUGCACCGUUUUGCUGGACGUGCUGGCUAAAUUAAAGUGGGAUCCACCGUUGCGGGCCAUUUGCGUGAAGUCUUUCGAUCCGUUCGAGGAGGUGGAACAAUUCAUAGACAGCUGCACUCAGCGCUAUCAGUUACAGUUACAGCGCUACGACGGAGCCCUCAAAAUAGCCGUGGAGCAGGCGAUGAGCGACCAGCCACAGGUGCGGGCCAUGUUUCUGGGCUGUCGGCGCAGCGAUCCGGGCUGCGCAAAUUUUCAGGAAAUGAUGCCCUGCGACAACGAUUGGCCCUCUCUGAUGCGCAUCUUUCCACUGCUCGAGUGGAGCUAUCACGAUAUUUGGGCCUAUUUGCGUGGCAAUCAGCUCUCCUACUGCAAGCUAUACGAUCAGGGUUAUACGUCGCUGGGCGAGAAGUGCAGCACUCGUGUGAAUCCCAGUCUGUUGACAUACGAUGAGUCACAAAAGAAAUUAAUUUAUAGGCCAGCUUAUGAGCUGCAGGAUGGCAAAUUGGAGCGCACAAAUCGGGAGGAUGGCGGCCACGAACAUGGCAGGCAGCAGCAGGCAUCUGAUAAGCAAUGUUAUUAACAAUAUAUAGACAUAUAUAUACAGUCUGUUAAGAAAGUUGGUACGAGUACAUCAGAAAAAUGUUCAUUCUUUUUCUAAGAUAAAAUAGUUGAAAAUAGUGUUUCUGCAGAUAUAAUGCAUGCCCUUUAAUUGGGUAUUCAUUUUUUUUUUAAAUAGGUCCCAGGUAAGGCUUCAACUAAUGUGCCUAAUCAUAGC